UUUAUAUAAAUAAAUAUAUAUAUAUUUGAUCACAGCUCAACCUCAAACGCCAGUCUUUCAAAUCUUUUAUCUAUCUGGAUUCUCUCUUUUGUAUUCUUCUUCUUCUUCAACAAUACUCCUUUCACACACACACAAAUAUAUAUAAUAUUGAUUAAUAUUUUAUACAUAAAUUCAGGGACGGACGCUGCAUUGGACCAUAUCACGCCAUUGUAGUCUCAGUGAUUUGAGAUUUGAGUUGUUGUAAUUCAGAUCUAAUAGAAUAAAAAAUAAUCAAACAAUGGGGAGUUUGGGAGCGUUUCUGAAACACCCAGAUGACUUUUACCCACUUUUGAAGCUUAAAAUGGCAGCCAGGCAUGCCGAGAAACAGAUCCCUCAGGUGCCUCAUUGGGGCUUCUGCUACUCAAUGCUUCAUAAGGUCUCUCGUAGUUUCGCUCUUGUUAUUCAACAGCUUGGAACUGAGCUCCGUGAUGCCGUAUGUAUAUUUUAUUUGGUUCUCCGAGCCCUUGACACUGUUGAGGAUGAUACAAGCAUACCAAAUGAUGUUAAAGUGCCUAUCUUGAAGGAGUUUCAUCGUCGCAUAUAUGAUCCCGAGUGGCAUUUUGCUUGUGGUACAAAGGAGUACAAAGUUCUCAUGGACCAGUUUCAUCACGUUUCAACUGCAUUUCUGGAACUAAAUGAAGGUUAUAAGGAGGUAAUUGAAGAUAUUACGAAGAGAAUGGGUGAAGGAAUGGCAAAGUUUAUCUGCAAGGAGGUAGAAACAGUUGAUGACUAUGAUGAAUAUUGCCACUAUGUAGCAGGACUUGUUGGUAUAGGGCUCUCCAAGCUUUUCCAUGCUGCUGGUUUGGAAGAUCCAGCUGAUGAUUACCUUUCGAAUUCAAUGGGCUUAUUUCUUCAGAAAAUAAAUAUUAUUCGAGAUUAUCUGGAGGAUAUCAAUGAGAUACCAAAGUCACGCAUGUUUUGGCCGCGCCAGAUUUGGAGUAAAUAUGUUAACAAACUUGAGGACUUGAAAUAUGAGGAAAAUUCAGUGAAAGCAGUGCAAUGCUUAAAUGACAUGGUCACUAAUGCUAUAAUACAUGCAGAAGAUUGCUUGAAAUACAUGGCUGCUUUACGGGACCCCUCUAUAUUUCGGUUUUGUGCUAUCCCUCAGGUCAUGUCGAUUGGCACGCUAUCUUUGUGCUACAACAACAUCGAGGUCUUCAGAGGUGUAGUGAAGAUGAGGCGCGGUCUUACGGCUAAAGUAAUUGAUAGAACGAAUACAAUGGCUGAUGUCUACGGCGCUUUCUAUGAUUUCUCAUGUAUCAUGAAGUCCAAGGUUGACACCAAUGACCCAAAUGCACAAAAGACAUUGAGCAGACUAGACUCUAUACAGAAAGCCUGCAAGAACUCUUGGACCCUUACCGCCAAUAGGAAAUCUUAUAUACUCAAGAAUCAGUCAAAUUAUUCAGCUGUGAUUAUCAUGUUCAUCAUUCUAUUGGCUACCAUUCUUGCUUAUGUUAAUUCCAACCGAUCAAAUAACUAGUGAUUUUGCUGGCUUUAUUUAUUUAUUUACUUCAGACCAAAGUGGCCAGUUUGUCCAAAAAAAAGAAAAAGUAAAGAAAAAUGUGUUGUUAUUUUAUGUGUAGACAGUAGACAUUUAUGGAAAUAUUGGGUUUUGAGAGUAAUAUUAUUAAAAGAAAAUUAAUAAAUUAUUGCAGUUGCAUGAA